UCUUCUCAAGACAACCAACCCCCAAAUACACACACACUCUCUUAUUACUUUUCCAAAAUCGAUCCCAAAAAUCAAAUAAAUUAUCAACAAUUUCAAUUAAAGACCUAAUUCAACAACAACAAGAUGAGUAGCAUAGGUACAGGCUAUGAUUUAUCAGUGACGACAUUCUCGCCGGACGGUAGGGUUUUUCAGAUCGAAUACGCUGCUAAAGCCGUCGAUAACAGCGGCACCGUCGUCGGUAUCAAAUGCAAAGACGGCAUUGUUAUUGGCGUAGAGAAACUGAUUGCUUCUAAGAUGAUGUUGCCUGGAUCUAAUCGUCGUAUCCACUCCGUUCAUCGUCAUUCCGGCAUGGGUGUAGCUGGAUUAGCUGCAGACGGGAGACAGAUUGUUGCAAGAGCCAAAUCUGAAGCCCAUAACUACGAAAAUACUUAUGGUGAACCUAUUCCAGUAAAAGAACUUGCCGAGCGUGUUGCUAGCUAUGUGCAUUUAUGUACACUUUAUUGGUGGCUCAGACCUUUUGGAUCUGGGGUUAUUCUUGGAGGUUAUGAUCGUGAUGGUCCACAGCUAUAUAUGGUUGAACCUUCUGGUGUUUCAUAUAGAUAUUUUGGUGCUGCAAUUGGGAAAGGCAGACAGGCUGCUAAAACUGAGAUUGAAAAGUUGAAGCUUUCUGAGAUGACCUGUCGUCAAGGGGUUAUUGAAGUAGCAAAAAUAAUCUAUGGUGUCCACGAUGAGGCAAAGGACAAGACAUUUGAAUUGGAGAUGAGCUGGGUUUGUGACGAAUCAAACCGCCUACAUCAGAAGGUGCCAGAAACACUAUUGGAGGAGGCAAAGGAUGCUGCCAAAGCAGCAUUGGAAGAAAUGGAUGCUGAUUAGUACCUCUUUUCUCUGUUUGUGUUGUUUGUCGGACUCUUCAUUUCAAAUCUGUUGACAGUAAGAUAUAUUGCAUUAAGAUUGUAUCGUUUAUGUUUUAUCUGAAUACCUUAAUGCUUUUCGUGUA